UUGAGAAUUAAGUAGGGCUUUAAUGGCUUUGCAUGAGGAGAGAAGGAUAACUAUGAGUGUUAUUGUGAUGAGUGUUAUUAUGUGUAUUAUGAGUACUUGCAUUGAUGCAAGAAUUCAUUUGCCAAACUUCAUAUUAGUAGAAGAAAAACCAGUGACCUUUGUGUUUGGAGAUUCAUUGACAGAUGUAGGGAAUAACAAUUACCUGCCUUAUUCUCUUGCAAAGUCUAAUUAUCUUUGGUAUGGGAUUGAUUAUGAAGGUGGAAAGCCAACGGGAAGAUUCACUAAUGGCAGAACUAUAGGAGACAUAAUAUCCUCAAAGCUUGGGAUUGAGUCUCCACCACCUUAUCUAUCUCUAUCUAUGAAAGAUGAUGCUAUCCUUCAUGGAAUCAACUAUGCAUCAGGCGGAGCAGGCAUUCUUAAUGAGACUGGAGCUUACUUUCUCCAGAAACUUUCUUUUGAUGAUCAAAUAACUUGUUUUGAGAAGACCAAGGUUGCAAUUGCUGCUAAAAUUGGAGACACAGCUGCCGAAAAGCUCAGUAAUCUGGCUGUUUAUUUCAUUGGAAUGGGUAGCAAUGAUUAUGUUAACAACUACUUGCAGCCGUUCUUGGCAGAUAGCCAAUUGACCCAUGAUGAGUACCUUGACCUCUUGAUCUCCACUCUUGAUGGACAAUUCAAGAGACUAUAUGGUCUAGGAGCUCGGAAGAUUGUAUUCGAUGGAUUAGGACCAUUGGGUUGCAUACCAUCUCAGAGAGUGAAGUCCAGAAAUGGAGAGUGUUUAACACUUGUUAAUCAAUAUGUGAAGCUGUUCAACAGCCGUGUUCAAAAGCUUCUCACUUCUCUUGACUCCCAACUCUCCGGCAGCCACUUCUCCUUCGCCGACUCGUAUUCUAUUGUCUUAGAUCUCAUCGAGAACCCCGGAAAAUAUGGGUUUAAGAUUGGUAACACAUCAUGCUGCAAUGUGGACAACACUCUUGGAGGGCUUUGCUUGCCAAACACAAAGCUUUGCAGCAAUAGGAAAGACUAUGUAUUUUGGGACGGUUACCACCCAACUGAUGCUGCUAAUCAAAUUAUUGCUGAUAUUCUCUUCUCAAAUCCCAGUGCUCAAGUUGCUCCUCCUCCUGCUCCUGCUCCUACUCCUGCUACUACUCAUACUCAUACUCUUACUCCUACUCCUACUCCUACUCAUCAUCAUAAACCAACUCCAGCAGCAGCACCAUCUCCACCAGCUCAUCAUUCUUAGUUUUAAUCAUAUAUAUAUAUAUAUAUAUAAUAUAUAUGCUUGGAUUAAGAUCUGGUUUUGGCAAGGAAUUAUAAAAUUGAGAGAUGUAUUUAAUUUGUUCAAUCACUAUGCAAUGGGAAUGGGAUGUGUUACUGCUUGUUGUGUGUUAACCUCGGAUUAAUAUGAAUGUUUGGAUUCAUGUA